AUGAAGGGGAGGUAUGAGCAAGGAAGAGAGAUGAGGAGGUAUGAGGCUGAGGAACAUGAGAUGAGGAAGCACGAGGCUGAGGAAGAUGAGAUGAGGAGGUAUGAGGCUGAGGAAGAUCAGAUGAGAAGUUAUACUUUUGUGUUYUUUUUWGUUUCCGAGCUGAGGAUUGURKUYGUGGGGAAGACAGGAGCAGGGAAGAGUGCAUCAGGAAACACCAUCCUGGGAAGUACAGAGUUCGAAGUAGAUUGUGCUGCCCAGUCUGUUACCAAACAAUGUGAUAGUAGCAGUGAGAUGGGCAUCACAGUCAUUGACACCCCGGGCCUGUUUGACACUCAACUCUCAGAGUCUUCAGUGAGGACCCAACUGGUGGAGUGCAUCGCUCUCUCCUCUCCUGGACCCCAUGUCUUCCUGCUUGUUGUCCAAAUUGGUCGUUUUACAGAGGAAGAGCAGAACGCUGUUAAGAGGAUCCAGGACAUCUUUGGAGAGGCAGCAGUAAGACACACCAUGGUCCUGUUCACCUGUGGAGAUAAAUUAAAAAAGAAGAGCAUUGAGGAGUUCAUCCAAGUGGCAGGUGCAGGUCUGAAGCAGCUCAUUGAUACAUGUGGAAACAGAUACCACGUCUUCAACAAUGAGAACACAGUGUCAUUAUGCAUGGUGUCAUUAUGAAGGUAAUGAUUGACUUCAUAACUCUCAGUCCUUGGUGUGGACAGCCAUCUUGAGAUUGAGCAUCUAUUUUACUGUAAAUGAUUAUACAUGGACUCUGGACAUGAUACUCUGCAAAUCCAACAGCAGCCAACAUUAGAGCACUUACGUUGCACAUUGUUACGGGAUUUUUGUGUUUAAUGACUAAAAUAUGUAUACCUUUGACUUAGACGUUACUGUAUGAAUGAAACGUAUUAUAAUCAUAAUUCUGAGUUUAAUAUGUUCCUUAUUAGAAAGAAUGGAGUUAUCUUCAGACAGGCUGGAAUGCUGUGUUCCUUACAGGACAUUCUGUCUCUAUCCAGGGAG